UUCAACCAACAAAAAAAAAUGUGGGGCCCACCUCCUGCAAAAAUCACUAUCUUCUCUCCUUCUUCCCAUUCACACCCUGGGUUCUUUGAACCCCAGGUGCUGGGUUCCCUCGAACCCGUGCCUGGGUUCCUUCAAGAACCCAGUUGCUGGGUUCUUCAAGGAACCCAGGCGCGGGUUCAAGGGAACCCAACGCCUGGGGCGCUGGGUUCCCUCGAAACCGCGCCUAGGUUCCUUCGAAGAACCCAAGUGUGGGUUCUUCGAACCCCAGGCACUGGGUUCCCUCGAACUCGCGCCUGGGUUCCUCGAAGAACCCAGCAGCUGGGUUCUUCAAACCCUAGGCGCGGGUUUCCCUCGAACUCGCGCCUGGGUUCCUUGAAGAACCCAGCAGCUGGGUUCUUGAAGGAACCUAGGCGCGGGUUCGAGGGAACCCAGUGCCUGGGGUUCAAAGAACCCAGGGGUGUGAAUGGGAAGAAGGAGAGAAGAUGGUGAUUUUUGCAGGAGGUAGGCCCCACAUUUUUUUUUUGUUGGUUGAAAUCUGACGUGUUUUAAUGACAUGGUAUUGAUCUGUAAUAAUUUUUGACAUGUCAU